AUGAAGAUUUUCGACGAAAAUCUGUUUUUCUUGAAUUUCAAGGUGAGUUUUUGGUGUUUUUUUCGAAUUUUUGAGCUUGAAUUUGAUAUUUUUCAGGCGGAGAAUCAAAGUUUCGAUGCUAGAACACAAUUUUUUGGUAGUUUUCGAGGGUUCGAUGAAGAUUUUCGACGAAAAUCAGUUUUUCUGGAAUUUCAAGGUGAAUUUUCAAAGUUUAUUUGACAUUUUGAGGUUGAAUUUGAUAUUUUUCAGGCGGAGAGUCGAAAUUUCGAUGCUGGAACACAAUUUUUGGUGAUUUUGAGGAGAUUUUCGAUGAAAAUUGAUUUUUCUCAGAUUUCGAGGUGAGUUUUCAGGGUUUCUUCUAAUUUUUGAGGUUGAAUUUGAUAUUUUUCAGGUCGAAAAUCGAUUUUGCCUUUCAAGAACAUGAUUUUUGGUGGUUUCCGAUGAAAAUUGAUUUUUCUCAGAUUUCGAGGUGAGUUUUCAAAGUUUCUUUGACUUUUUGUGAAGAAUUUGUUGAUUUUCAGGUCCGAAAUCAAAUUUUUGACAAUUUUCGAUGGAUUUUGA